AUGCAAGCCUUUGGGUUUGAAAAGGCUAUAAAUACGCACGCAUGCAUGGCAAGCAACUACCGCUACUCGUACCCCCAGACACAAAAAAAAAUAUAGUAACUACACCUGCUUCGCCUUUCCUCGAUUGAAUGGCUUCUAGUGCUAGUCCUGACCCCGUGAAAGCCGGAUAUUGGUUUUUCGGGCAUGACUUGAACCGGAAAGUAGCAGAAAUACCUUCCGAACUCUUCACACAUCUUUAUGCUUGCUUUGCCGAGGUCGACGAUGAUGGCCGGCUGAUAAUCCCUGAACCAUACUCGGAACUAUUCCGGGACUUCACCAAAACCGUUCGAGUACGAAACCCUUCGGUGAAAACACUUUUAUCCAUCGGUGGUGAAGGCCCCAACAUAUCUUCAGCCAUUGCUUCAGUGGCUAGAGAUGAUAAACUGCGUAACGCAUUCAUUAACAGGUCCAUACAACUAGCCAGGGAGUACAAUUACGAUGGCCUGGACCUCUGCUGGCUGUACCCCUCCAAAGCCGACCAGGAGGAACAGCUUGCCUCGCUCCUCAAUGAAUGGCGAUCUGCCCUGGACUUAGACUUCACGAAGACAAAGAAGCCAGCUAAUAAGUUGCUUCUUACUGCGGCGGUGUUUCAUCACCCGGGCAUUCCUGGUAAAGACGGUAACAUUACUUUCAAUUAUCCCAUUCCGGCUAUUAAUAAAAAUUUGGACUGGAUCAACGUACUGGCCAUUGACUUCUAUACUCCGAGUCCCUCCAACUCAUCGCGGGAGACUGGACCGGUUCAUGCCUGGCGUAAUCCUAAAGAGCCAAACAGGUGCGGAAGUGAUGGCAUUCGUAACUGGAUUAAUGGAAUUGGUCCUAAUCCUGUAAAAAUUGACGCCCAGAAGUUGGUCCUUGGCCUUCCAUUUUAUGGCUAUCAAUGGACUCUGGUAAACCACGAUGAUCAUGGAUUCUUUGCAGCAGCUGAUCCAGAAAAUGCAGCCGCAGCAGCCCGCUUAGAGUUCAGAAUUAUCCAGGCGAAACAUAUCAACAGGAAUUCAGGUCGUCUCGUGAAUGAUCAUGACGAGUAUGGUGCCUCCUACUGGCAUCACGAGGCUAGUUGGAUUGGUUUUGAGGAUGAGCAUAGCAUCGCUGCUAAGGUUAAGGAGGCGUUUAGGGGAAAUAACUUGGGCGGUUACUUUGCGUGGCAUCUGGCCGCCGAUGACGACAAUUGGACUCUCUCAAAUGCAGCUUCCAAUGCACGGGAUAAUGCGAUGAAUAAUCCAAACUUAACGCUCAUGGACAAGGCUUCUGGAGAAGGGGAUGAUCCUAACACUAGUAGUAGUAGUAGUAGUACCACUAGUAGUACUAGUAGUACUACCACUACUAGUACUACUACUACUACUACUACCACUACUACUACUACUACUUCAGAUACUACUACUACUGCUUCUGUUAAUAUAUGUAACAUAUUAUAAGCUGCUUGCAUUAAUUAUGAACAAUAAGGCCAAUGGCUAGCUGGCUAUCAUGCUGCAUGUGUACUACUACUGCUUCUGUUAAUAUAUGUAACAUAUUAUAUGCUGCUUGCAUUAAUUAUGAACAACAAGGCCAAUGGCUAGCUGGCUAUAUUGCUGCAUGUGUACAUACGUUGUUUGUAAUAUUAUUAUUAUUAUAGAAUCGUGUCAUGUUAUUAUUAUCAUCGUCAAUAAGGUUAAUCUUGUGACCAA